UCCGGGCCCAGCGGGGACAUGGUCCUGCGGCGGGCUGGGGCCAGGCGGGCCGGAGCUGAAUUAAGAAAAGUAACCAUGGAGAACAGUGAAAACUCAGUGGAUUCAAAAUCCAUUAAAAAUUUUGAACAAAAGACCAUACAUGGAAGCAAAUCAAUGGACUCUGGAAUAUCCUUGGACAAUCGUUACAAAAUGGAUUAUCCUGAAAUGGGUUUAUGUUUAAUCAUUAAUAAUAAGAACUUUCAUAAAAGCACUGGAAUGGCCUCUCGGUCUGGUACAGAUGUAGAUGCAGCAAACCUCAGAGAAAUAUUCAUAAACUUGAAAUAUGAAGUCAGGAAUAAAAAUGACCUUACACGUGAAGAAAUUGUGGAGUUAAUGCACAAUGGUUACUAUUCCUGGCGAAAUUCCAAGGAUGGAUCCUGGUUCAUCCAGUCACUGUGUGCUCUGCUGAAACAAUACGCUCAUAAGCUUGAGUUUAUGCAUAUUCUCACUCGGGUAAACCGGAAGGUAGCAACAGAAUUUGAGUCCUUUUCUCUUGACUCCACUUUUCAUGCAAAGAAACAGAUUCCAUGUAUUGUGUCCAUGCUCACAAAAGAACUGUAUUUUUAUCCCUAAAGAAAUAGUUGAUUUUGUUAGUUUGUAUGCCAAGUGAGACAACAAUAUAAAUAAUACUUUGUUUCCUCUGCCACUUAAAUUUUAUCUAAAGAUGGUACUUUGAAACAUACCACUUCUGCAGUAGAACCAC